GGCUUCUCCUUAAUCUCUCCUUAUUAUCCAACAUAUUCGCUUAUCCAACAUUCUGCUGUCCCAUUUAUCUUCAAUAAGUGAGACUUUACUGUAUUAUAAAACCCAGUACUUGGUCUGUGUAGACACUACCUAGUCUACUACUUUCUCUGAAAGUGAUUGAUACUCUGUCCUACUGAAAAUGGGUUAAAGAACAUUUUAAGGUUCGAAAAGUAUUCAUGACAAGAGUCUCCUUAUCUGGAGCUUUCUAAGCUGUCGGGAAUGCUUGGUUGUGUGCUUCUGCUGGGAAGAAUGGAGUUGGGUUGGAGGGCCAUUGUGGCCUCUUUGGAUUCUAUGGGCCUGUGAUUCUAUGAAGAGGUUCCAAGCCAGCUGUGCUCACAAAGGCUUGCCAAAGGUCACAAUGCGGUGCCGGAUGGGUGUGUGUCCAAGGCCAUGGCUGGCGAGUACCAGCUGUGGGCACCCCACUCCCCUCUGGACGAGUCCCUGCGGUGGCUGAGGGGCCCACCUCCUAGAGCCACAUUCAGCACCAGGCCCCCCUUCCCCAGGGGCCGGAGCCCGGACGCUGCUGUUACUGCCGCCGACCUGGAGGUGCAGCUCUGCUUCCAGGGCCUGAGCUUGGUGUUGGAGCCCGGGGUCAAGGGGGCAACCAGACCCGCCUUCAGAGCAGCCGGAGAGGCCCGUGGGCAGGUGACCAGGGUGCAGAGGCCCCAGGCGGUGCGCCUGCGAGGGCUGGACACGGUCUUCGGCCAGAGGGUGACUGUGCGACCUCCCCGCUGGACUGGCUCCCUGAGGGCCUCGGAGCCAUCGGCCUUCCGCCCAGUGGUCAGCCCCCGCCAGCGCUGGCCCCGCGGCCUCCGGGAGCCCCAGGCCCACGCGGCCACCAACCUCUGCCGACAGAUGCUGCGCGCCAUCCUCCUGCUCUACGCCGCCUACAAGAAGUGCGCCUGGACCUUACAGCACUCCUGCUGAGGGUCGGAGCCAGGGAUGGAUGUGCGGCAAGGCUCUACUCAUCCCCUUCCUCUCCUUUUGCUCUUUGCAUCUCUUACUGCAUCUUCCACACUGUGCCAUUAUCUCCCGUCUUCUUCCUCUCCUGCCCUGAGCACCUCUUACUCAAUCUCCGGUGCCAUAUUGCGAAGGGAGAACCCAGCGGAUUCUGCACUGGAGAAUGAAAGCAAUCGCACAUCAUCUCCAUGGUAACACUGUCCCCUAAGGAGUUAUAAUUCACCAAGGGCUUUGCCAUAAAUAUACAUUUUUAAAAACCUUUUCCAGACUUUCAGAAGUUCGAGGCAUUGGGAGAUCGGGAGCGGACCAGCAGCGAUUUCAUCCCCUAAAGAUUCUCUAUCUAACCCUUCAAUAAAUUGUAUCUAUUUUUCAUUAUUUUUCUGUGUAGGUUGUGUCCUUUGAUUAUAUCUGUUUUUUAUAUAAAUGUAUAAACUGUCUUAUGAAGAUACAGACAUUAAUUAAUCAGCCCCAGAGGGCUUUUAAUAAUCUAUCACAUUGCAUUUUAGUUCUAGUGGUCCCUCCAGGCCAUCCUCUCCUCCAUCCCAGUGGUCUUUUUUUUUCCCUCUUUCUUUGCGGAUUCAUGUUAUUUGAGUGAUUAUAUUCCUUCUGCUUAUGUGAUUGUUUUAGUCAAUUGUUAUGUUUUGUUUUCGUUUCUAAUUCUUAUAGCGUUUUAUAGUGUUUUCAGUGUUUUAUUGUACAAUGUUUUAUGCUGAUUUUAUAUUGGAAACCGCCCUGAGUCCCUUUUGGGAGAGAGGGCGGUAUACAAAUAAACUUUUACUUACUUACUUACUUACUAUCCUAUAUUUAUCAUGGUCUUACCAUUUAUGUGUUUUAAAUGUAAUUUUUUAAUCCUGUAUUGUUGUUUAAUUGAUAUACUAUAUUACUGUUUUAUCUUUUUUUAUAUUGUGAUUUGUACUAUGUUGUUUAUACUUUGUCCUAUGUUGUUUGGGCCGUUGCCCCAUGUAAGCCACCCCGAGAUCCUAUGGGGAGAUGGUGGCGGGGUAUAAAUAAAGUUUAUUAUUAUUAUUA